UUUAUGGUCUAAUCUGUAUUCUGUGGAAAAAUUUGAAAUGUGAUUUUAAAACGCCGAUUAUUGUGGCCGUGUAAUCAUAUAAAUUUUAAUUAUUCCUACCAUAAUGGUUCUAGCCCAUGAUUUACUGGAAAACCAAAAGACAACAGACAUUCAGAUCUCCCAAAAUGUAACGUUUGAAACAAUGCUUUUUUCAUUGAAUACUUUAGAAGGAUUGAAAAAAUCCGGCUUCGUUAGGCCUUCACCAAUUCAAUUACAUGGAAUUCCUUUAGGAAAGUGUGGAUUUGAUUUAUUGUUGGAGGCAAAAUCAGGAACUGGAAAAACUGCUGUUUUUACCGUCAUAGCCCUGGAAAAAAUAGAUCUUGAUAAAGGUUUGCAAGCAGUUAUUUUAGCACCUACUCGGGAAAUAGCAUCACAAAUUUGUGAUGUGUUUAGACAAAUAGGUUGCCAAUUUAAAGGCUUAUGUGUUGAAGUGGUAAUGGGAGGCUUACCUGUUCAAGAAGAUAUUGAUAAAUUAAGAAAAAAUAAAGUGCAUAUUGUGGUAGGUAGUCCAGGUAGACUAAAACAUCUGAUAAGUGACAACCACAUGGAUUUAAGUGCUGUUAGGCUUGUAGUUUUCGACGAAGCAGAUAAAUUAAUGGAAAAAAGUUUUCUGCCCGACGUUAAGUACAUACAUUUAGCUCUGCCAAAAGAAAAACAAGUAAUUAUGAGUAGCGCAACCUAUUCAGAAACUUGUAAAGAAUUUAUCAAAGAGUUUGUUCAUGAUGCACAGCACAUCUGUCCAAAUAGUGACUGUGUUCUGCUUGGAGUUGCCCAAAAAGUAACUUAUGUCAAAUUCAACAGUAACUCUAUUACACAAACAAAAAAUAAAUUCAAAGAGAUGUUAAAAAUCAUAUCAACAAAACAAUUUAAGCAAUGUCUGAUUUUCUGUAAUUAUCGGGCGAGAGUGAGGGAAGUGUAUAAAAUGUUAAUUAAAGAAAAAUGGCCUGCUGAGCAGUUAUAUGGUGCACAAGAUCAAGUUGAUCGCUUGGAUUCACUUAAAACAUUGCAAGAAUAUAAAUGUAGGAUUCUGAUAUCAACAGAUUUAGCAGCUCGUGGGAUUGAUGCAUCAUAUGUAGACCUUGUUAUAAAUUUUGAGCCCCCAUUUGAAUGGCAAACAUAUUUGCAUAGAAUAGGAAGAGCUGGGCGGUUUGGAUCUUAUGGUAUGGCUAUUACUAUACUUAGUGAGGGUGUUGAACAGAAGAAGUUUAUGAAUUUACUUUCUUCAGUAAACUUUUCAUUUAAUGUAACUUCAUUUUGGACUGAUACUGAAAGUAAUAAUAGUAAUGGAUCAAAAACAUUAGUUCCUCAGGACCAAUUACAAAUGAAUGGCUCUAAUGAUAGUAGCUAUUCAGAACUAUGGAAAAUUAUAUGUAAUACUGAAGACUCCCCUGAAAAGGAAGUCAUUAAAGAUUUUGAAGAACUUAAUAAAUCAUUCCAUAAUACCAAAAGUACUAGAAAUGAAAUUGAAUCAUUUUCAGAUUUAUAUGUUUCAUUUCAAAAUAACAAUUUGCCAGAAAAUGAGGAGCUUCAAUAUAAAUGUAUUAAAUGGCCUGACUUAUCAACAACUCAAUGUCUUACAGGCAUAACUAAAAAAUUAAAAAAUACUGUUCCAGAUAAAGAUAGUUCUGCUCAUAAAUUACCUAACCAUGAUAACAGAUAUGAGAAAAAGUUUUGUGGACUUAGUUGUGCUGAAAACAAUAAUCAUACUAAUAGUUGUAAGAAAGCAGAAAAUGAUAACCAUUCAAUUUAUAAUCACAACAUCAAUUCAAACAGUGUAGAAAACAGCUUUGCAGAGCCUCAUUAUAACAGAAAACCAUCUUCAUCUAGUAAUUCUAAUAGAGAUUUUCAGAUGAGACCAGACACUCAUACAAAUAUACAACAAAGUACAUCUAGUAGUUCAAAUGAAGAUUUUCAUUUCAGGCCAGACAAUUAUGCCAAUAGAAAACUAAAUUCAUCUAUUAGUUCAAGUGAAGAUUUUACGAGUGGACAUAACAAAUUAAAUUCAAAAUACAAAUCUCAACCUAAAGUAGGAAAUACACAUCAAAGAGUAGGAAAUGCACAGCAGUUUAAAGUAGGAUAUUCACAAUUAAAAAGAUCAUCUGGUUGCCCACAUAACUCUACAGACUCAUCUACCGAUAAAACAAAUAGUGAAGUUCAUCCUACUAGAGAACAUCAAGCUGCAUGCAUCAGCAACUCUUAUAAUGAUUGGUACAAAGAACUUAAAAUAAGAGUGAAGCAAAUUGAAUUAGCAAUCUAUAUUGAUGAACUCAGUAAGUUAUAAUUUAUUCUGUAAUGUUAAUGGUUUAAAUAAUUUAAGAAUAAAGCAAAGCUUUCAA